UAGGCGCGCGCGCCGCCCGUGACGCCGGCGGCGGGGCGGGGCGAGGCGGAGCGGCGGUGUCAUGGCGGCGUACCCGGGGCAGGGCUACCCCGGCGCGGCAGGACAAGCCCCCGGUGCCCCCCCGGGCGGCUGCUACGCCGGGGGCCCCUAUGGAGGGGGGCCGCCCCCAGCACCCGGGGGACCCUACGGGCCCCCUCCUGGCCCGGGGCCCUACGGGCAACCGCUGCCCCCGGCUGGUGCGCCCGGGGGCCCCCAUGGAGGAGGCCCGGCUCCCGGAGGGCCCUAUGGGCAGCCUGGCACCAACCCCUACGGUGCCCCCGCCGCGGGGCCCUACGGAGGAGCCGCUCCUGGAGGUAGUGCCCCCCCCGGCGUGGACCAGGAAGCCUUCUCCUGGUUCCAGGCAGUGGACGCUGACCGCAGCGGUUACAUCUCCAUGAAGGAGCUGAAGGCAGCGCUGGUCAACUCCAACUGGUCUGCGUUCAGCAACGAUACCUGCAUGCUGAUGCUGAACAUGUUUGAUAAGACUGGGUCGGGACGCAUAGACGUGUAUGGCUUCUCGGCCUUGUUGCGCUUCAUCCAGCAGUGGAGGAACCUUUUCCAGCAGUACGACAGGGACCAGUCGGGCUCCAUCAGCUUCAGCGAGCUUCAGCAAGCUCUCUCCCAGAUGGGCUAUAACCUGAGCCCCCAGUUUAGCCAGCUCCUGCUGUCCCGCUACGCCCAGAGAUCCUCCAACCCCAGCAUCCAGCUCGACGGCUUCAUUCAUAUCUGCAUCCAACUCCAGACCAUGACAGAGGCCUUCCGGGAGAAGGACACGGGGCUGGUGGGCAACGUGCGGCUGGGCUACGAAGACUUCCUCACGAUGGUGGUGACGCGGAUGUUGUGAUGCCCUUGGCUGAGGCCAGCGCGGCUGCGAGCCGGCCGGGAGCUCUGCCGGCUCUUCCGGAGGAGCAGCGAUCCCUCGGCCUCUCUGUUUCCCCUCGGGCUGGGUUACGGGCCGGCACUGCCUGAGGACCCCGUGCCGGGGGCAGCAGUGAGGCCGUGAGCCCCUGCUGGGACUCCCAGCCAUCUGUGGCUUUGGUUUUUUGUCCCCACUUGAAAGCCUCCAUGCCAAACCGGAGCCAGGUUCUGCCACCCUGCGGGGUGAGAUGGCCAAACCAGUGGUGAGCCCAUGCCAUGACCCCCAGGGAGUGCUUAGAUCUUCCUUUGCCAGACCCAGGUUUUUACUUAAACCACAGCUGCUGUGUCCCUCCGCCUGGCAGGGCAUCUUCAGUGACACAUCUCUUUCUCAGCAUGCUUUUGGGGACUCUCUCCCUGUAACCUAGUGACGUUGGCCUCGGGUGAGCCUUCCUCUGAAGAGCAGUGAUGAGGGCACGAGUGAUCGCAGAAUUCGUGGCCUGCUGAGGUCGCUGUGCCCUCGCUGCCUCGCAGACUUUGCUUCCUCCCCCAGGUGCACUUUUAACAGUAUGGUGGUCCAAGCUUCCCGCUCUCGCUUGGAAACAUCCUGACUUUAGCGAAGGUCUGAGCACUGUUUCCCUCUGUGCUGCUAAACUGGGCUCUAGUCACAAAUAGGAUAAUUAAACCCCUCUUUAUGGCCAAAGGGUGUCUUGUGUUCCUGAAUGCAGAGGCCAAACUCAAAAAUGGGUUGGAGCUUAUAUUUACAGUUCUUUAAUAAAAUAUCAUGUGCACUGUU